AUGUCAUUUUUCAAACAUUUGCAACAAAAUCUCAGAGUUCCUUCUGUGUCUUCCCUGGUUGACACAUUAAGUAAUGCUGUAGAUGAUUUUACUAGUGCUGUUGGUGAUGUCAGCUACACAGUAGCUGACUCUAUUACAGAGCAGGUAACAAGCAUGUUAAGCAGUUUUCAGACAGAAAGCACAACUAGUACAGUGCAAGAAGGUAAACCUCUGCCAGACAAAGGUAAAACAGUGACAUCACUAAAUAAUGUUAAAGAAAAUUUUGUGAGAGAAGAAUGUGUACCAGAAGAAAAACACAGACAAAGUGCUUCUUCAAAAAUAUGUACAGAUGAUGGUAGGAGGCUUUGUCCUGAUAAAGGCAAAAUAGAUUCUCAGCAAAAUGUUCCUGAACCAAAUAAAUUUUUUAUUGAGACAAAAAUUUGUGAGUCACAUAUAAAACAUGCUCAGUGCAAAAUUAACUACUUAGAAAAACAUAUAUCAAAAGACCGCAGAGAAAAUUACGGUACUUAUAAGCCAGGGGAAUUUCUUAAUCAUGAACCAGGUAGACAGUCACAUACUGUAUCAAAUCAAUCUAAUGAAAGUGUGUGUGAAAAAAUAAAACAAAACCCAACAGAACUUGACUUGAAAAACACUAAAGAAGUACCUAAAGAAACUGAGGAACAAACACUAGAACUGUCAGACUCAAGAUCUGAAAAACUAAACCGUUUUCAUGAAGUAAAAGGAAACAAAUACAAGACACUUGUGACAAAGCAAGAAGAAAAUGUAACAUCUGAUUUUUCAAAGAAAAAUGAAAAGGAAAAGAAUAAGUACUCAGAAAGUUUUUUAAAAGAAGUGAGUAGUAAGAAGACACCAGAAAAAGAUAACUUAUAUAGAAAUAAAGACCAGCAUGGUUCAUCAUCGGAGAGUGAAGAUGAGGCACUGGGCAAAUACCAUGAAGCCUUGUCGAGAACACAAAAUUCAUGGCCACCAGCAGGCGACAGUAGACAACAGAAAAAUUAUAUUUGGGAAACCAGACAAAAAUAUAGUCCUUUGUCUGCAGAGUAUGAUGGGUAUAGUAGUGAAGCCUCUGUAGAUGAAGCAGACUGUAUUCAAAGAAUGAGACAAACACCUCCUCUUGAUGAAUUGCAGCCUCCACCAUACCAGGAUGAUAGUGGCUCUCCACAUCUCUCCUGUACACCUUCCGAAGUUGGUGAGAGCAAAUGUGAAUUCUCUCAGUGCAGCAACAGUCCAAGAUGUUCUUAUAAAUGCCCAAGUGAAGGAAGUAAUGGGCAUGAAAUAGAAAGUUUCCAUAACAAAGGAUAUGAAGAAGAUGUGCCUAGUGAUAGUACUGCUGUCCUUAGCCCAGAGGAUCUGUCAGUUCAAGGAUCAUCAUCACAGCUUCCUAAAUCCUUUGAUCCAGAACCAGAAGCUAAAUAUGGCACCUUGGAUGUGACUUUUGACUAUGACUCACAGGAACAGAGGCUUCUAAUAACAGUCACAGCUGUCACAGAUAUUCCAAAUUACAGCAAGAUAAGUGGAAGUCUGUGGCAAGUACACCUAGUUCUCCUUCCUAUCAAGAAACAGAGGGCAAAAACCAGCAUCCAGCGUGGUCCUUGCCCUGUCUUUACUGAGACAUUUAAAUUUAAUCAUAUUGAGUCUGAGAUGAUUGGGAAUUAUGCAGUACGCUUUAGACUGUACAGUAUUCGUCGUGUAAAAAGAGAAAGAAUUUUAGGAGAAAAGAUAUUUUACUUAACCAAGUUAAAUCUUCAAGGAAAGAUGUCAGUUCCGGUGACUCUAGAACCAGCAUACAACAUUUCUGGCUGUGAGUCCCAAAUGAGCAUGUCAGAGGCAUCCUGCAGUGAAAGUAUCUCCUCUUGUCAAUCUUUGGCACAUGGCUCAGCUCCCGAAAUCCUCAUCGGAUUGCUUUAUAAUGCCACAACUGGAAGACUAGCAGCAGAAGUGAUAAAAGGCAGCCACUUCAAAAACUUGGCAGCAAACAGACCACCCAAUACAUUUGUUAAGCUGACAUUGCUGAAUUCCAUGGGUCAAGAGAUGUCCAAAUGCAAGACAUCCAUCCGAAGAGGGCAGCCAAAUCCAGUCUACAAGGAGACCUUUAUUUUUCAAGUGGCACUCUUUCAGCUUUCUGAUGUUACGCUUAUAUUAUCUGUGUAUAACAAACGCAGCAUGAAGCGAAAGGAAAUGAUAGGCUGGAUUUCUUUAGGUUUGAACAGUUCUGGUGAAGAGGAGCUGAACCACUGGACUGAGAUGAAAGAAUCAAAAGGACAACAAAUAUGUAGGUGGCACUCUUUAUUAGAAUCUUAA